AUGCGCGCUUCUAUCUUCAUUGUUCUGCUUGUCUUGGUCGCUGUGGCCGCUGCUAGACGUCCUGGAGGAGGCCAAGGAGGCCAAGGAGGUCCUGGCGGUCAGCAGGGUGGUCCCCAAGGAGGACCUCAAGGCGGUCCUCAAGGCGGUCCCCAAGGAGGUCCUUCCAACUCCACUUCUACAACAACCGAUGCUGGCGAUGUUUCCACCACCACAGAAGCUGAUGCAGAGGCUUCUACUGACGCAACUAUAACUUCCAUAUAG